UUGCUGGAUCGUCAAUCUUAAUAUUCCAUGUGUCACAAUGGCAACCAAUAGCUAGAGAGCAAAAGUCCAAGAAGAUACUUGUUUUAUUCAUAUAUAUACUUGGCAAAUCCAUCUCCAGUCAUCCUAGAAUGAUCCAGCAAGGCCACACCACACAUACAUUGAUAUCGAUCAUCUAAACCAAAGUCAUAGUCCACCACCACCACAAGAUGAUAAUCCCAACUCUCUCUGGCAACCAUUCCUUCCCCUCCUCCCACCGCCACAAUUCUCGUCUCUUAAGGCCUCGGCCUCCUUCCAUCCUCUGUGGCAAGAGGAGGAAAAGAAAGGAUCCAGCAUGGGAUGCGUGACCUCGAAGCGUGUUGAAGCGUCAGUGGCGGCCAAUGUCUACCGUCCGCCGCCAACCAGCAUCGCUCUAUUCGACAUCAGCACAAUCGAGGAGCCGUGGCUUAUCACCACCACCACCACCAAGGCCUUCGACGACGACGAGAGAGAGCAGAAGGAGAAAGAGAAGAAGCUCACUGCCGUGCCGCUCCCUCUGCUAGAAAAGCUCGAAUCCUAUGAGGUGGCUCCCAAAUCCUGGUCCGAGGUGAGCAAAGUUCUUGAAGACCUCAAACCCACGCUCAACUCCCAGCCUCCUGCUGCUGCAGCCAAGCCCCACCAUGCUCCUCCUCCGCCAGAUCCCAAGAAGCCGCCAUCAGCACCAUCAAAGAACAACUCCUUCCACACACUCGAAGAGCUCGAGAGCCACACGAAGAAGCCUUCGCCGCGGCCGUCCUCUCCUCCACGAGCGAGCUCGCCCUCCCGCCCGCCGCCGCCCGAGAUGGCUGGCUUCCGCUCCGUGAAAGAGAACAGCUUCAUCGUACGCGACAGAGAGGAGAGGCAGAGGCAGAAGGCCGGCGGGGACGUGGCUGCCAAAUUGCCGUGGUGGCGCCGCGACCCGCUCGAUGGGUACCCCGAGCGCUGCCCCCCUGGGAACGCCGACGGCGUCGUGCUCUACACCACGACGCUGAGAGGUGUCCGUCGGACGUUCGAGGACUGUGAGCAGGCGCGACGGGUACUCGAGGGCCAGGCGCUGGACUUCGGCGUGGCGGUCGACGAGCGAGACGUGUCGCUCCACGGGGAGUUCUUGAGGGAGGUCAGGGAGCUGGUGGGCGAGGAGCUGGCGGUGCCGCGGCUCUUCAUAAGGGGCAGGUACGUGGGCGGGGUGGACGAGGUGGUGGAGCUCAGCGAGACGGGGAAACUGAGGGAGAUGCUGCGGUGGGUGGCACGGAGGGUAGGAGACGGGUCGGGGAAGGGAGGGAAGAAAGACUGCGAGUGCUGCGGCGGGGCAAGGUUCAUUCCAUGUAUGGAGUGCAACGGGAGCUGCAAGGUGGUGGGGGAGGACGGGAAGAGCGUGGAGAGGUGUGAACAGUGCAACGAGAACGGGCUGAUGCUUUGCCCUCUCUGCCAUUAGAAGACGUCAAAGGUCGGAUGGAGAAUUGCAGCCCGCAGUUUGCUUAAUGUUACGCAAAUACCUGUGUUCGAUAAACAAGAGGGCACUCGAGGCAAUAUCAGCCGUUGUAUGAUAUACCACAUGAAUCACUAGCUUGUUACUAAUCUUUGAAAGCUAUGUUAAUCACCUCUUGGAAAAUGUUUUCUA